AUGGCCUCAGAACAGUCUGCCCCAGCUACGGAUGCGCCAAAUGUCGAGCCAACCCCGACAAUUGAGACGUCUGUGGAGGUGAAGACCGAAGACACUGCGAUUGCGACUCCAACUCCAACUGCCACUGCGAAUGCGACUGCGGGGGCUGAGGACGAUGCGAACGCGACUCCAUCGCAGACGGCCCCGGCGCCGCCCCUAGCGACUGGCCUUAACAAACAAGCGCUUGAUAUUCUAGAUGGAAUUGUAAGGCGGCUGAGCGAUUAUAAAGAUCCAGAGGAUGAGCAUGAGGUAGCGCUCCCUUUCCAGCGCAUGCUCAAUAAGCGGAAUUUCCCAACGUACUUCGAGAUAAUAAAGGAGCCGAUUGCCCUCAGCACCAUUCGCAGUAAAAUCCUUAAGAAGCAAUACCAGAAUUACAGAGAGUUCGUCCGGGACUUCGCUUUGAUCUGUCACAAUGCCAUGGUUUAUAAUCGACCUUCAUCCAUCGUUUACAAAGAUGCCGUCGCUCUCCAAGAACUUUUCAAAGCCGAGUUGCAGAAGUUAGUUGAGCAGAAGGUCUUGACCGAGGAAGAAGCAGAGCUUCCAGAUCUUGGUGAAAUACCUCCCGCCGACCCCUCGCCGCCUCCUGAACUAGAGGAUGAAGAACCCGAAGAGGACGAGGACGAGUCAGACGAGGAUGAAGAGGAUGAUGGCACAGAUGACGACCGCCCGCGAGGACGGCGGAAUAAGAGAGGGCGGCGAUCUUCUGGCGCUGCUAAACGGGACGGAAAGGUCGACGACGAUAAAAAGGACCACGAGUCCCAAAAGAAGAGAGGCAGGCCACCCAAGGUCCAUACUCCCAUGGAAGCUCGAAUCAGCGCACUUCUGAAAGGGUUGCGCAAAUUCAAGAAUUCCAUGGGCGAUCUUAAGAUCUUGCACUUUGAGAAGCUGCCAGAUAAAUCGGUCAUGCCAGAAUAUUACCAAGAAGUCAAGAAUCCGAUAGCCAUGGACUUGAUUAAGAGAAAGGCGAAGAGGAAGAAGUACCAAUCCGUGGAUCAAGUGUUGAAAGAUCUAGAACUUAUGUUUGAGAAUGCCAAAUCGUACAAUCUGGAUAGCAGCCAGGUGUAUAAAGAUGCGGUUGAUCUGCAGAAAGAGGCUAGGAUAAUCGGCGAACAAGAAAAGAAAAAGCCGGACACCGAUUUCCUAGACGAAGAUGGAAGGCUGCCACUGUCUGAGAUUAUGUACAAUGGGGAGUUGUGGAAAGUGGGAGAUUGGGUCCAUUUGUUAAACCCCAACGACGUUACCAAGCCUAUCGUGGCCCAAAUCUUCCGGACGUGGCAGGAUCAGGAAGGGCAGAAAUGGAUCAACGCCUGUUGGUACUACCGCCCUGAGCAGACCGUUCAUCGUUACGAGAAACACUUUUACGAAAACGAGGUGGUGAAAACUGGACAAUACCGAGAUUCCAAAAUCGAAGAGGUUGUUGAUCGCUGCUUUGUCAUGUUCUUCACCCGAUACAACAAAGGCCGCCCUCGAGGAUUCCCCGCUGAUAAAGAAGUCUAUGUGUGUGAGGCUCGCUACAACGAGAAGGAGCAUGUGAUGAAUAAGAUCAAGACGUGGGCUAGUUGUGUACCGGAUGAGGUGAGGGAUAGGGAUUAUGAGAUGGAUCUUUUUGAUGCCCCGAGGAAGAUGAAAAAAGUUCCAAGUCCAAUCAAGCACCUGCUUCGAGAAGACGCAAAGGAGGAGGAUUCCAUUCCGAAACCGACCUGGGGAGCCCCCAAUGCCCCACCGAUUGUUGGGGCCGUUCACAAACGCCCUCGCCAAGAUAAUGAAUCUCCGCCCCCUGAGCCAACCCCAUCACCUCCACCACCCACACCUGAACCACCUCGCCGGUCGGUGGCUCUUGAUCGUCCGCGAUUCGACUCGCAAGGAGAUGUUGCCAUGUCUGGUACGCGAGCCAGUGCCCCUCUUCCCUCCCCAGCUGCGAGCCGAACCACAGCUCCAACUCAAUAUGGUCAAUCAUACGCAGCGGCUCGCCCAUCGCCCUCACCUGCUCCUUUAGCACAACAAACAUCCUACGGAAGCCAUAGCUCUAGUAGCCUCCCGCCCUCAACACAUACGCCACUCUACCAACAGACCUCUUACACCCCUCAAUUCACUUCUGGCGCAACCCCAGUCGCUCAACAUGCGACUCCGCUUACCAAUUAUGGUCAAUAUCAGAACAGUGCUUCUGUGACCCCAGUGCGCAGUAUUGCACCACCCCCGACAACUCAUACACCUCAUACUAAUGCCUAUAAUCCUCCUCGUCCUGUCGAGGUCUAUACCCUAUCAGAGUCUGCAAAUUUGUCCAUCCCCGCCGAUAUUCGUGGUCAAUUCCAACAAGAUGAAUACGGCAAGGUGAUAUUCUUCACUGCGCCUCCCCUGGACAUCAAUCCUAUUCCCGAGGAUACUCAAAAACUCGGCCAUAGCCUACGCUACCUCGCCGACAAAGCACGUAGCAAGGAGGCAGAGGCUAACAAACGAAAAAUCCGCGAGACCCACUUAGAGGCCGAGGCGAGUACAAAGAUCAAGCGCAUGAAGGCCGACGGUGAUGGUAAAAGACAGUGGAUUAUAGACCAGAAGCUGGCGUCCUUGGAAAGCUGGAUGAAGGAUAUGGACAAUGGCACCGACGAAUUGUAUAAGCAACUGCAUGGGGAAAAGUGGAAGGAGGUAAGGGACCUGGAUCUGUGUAGGCUUGCUGUGCAACAAGAGGAUGCGUCCACGAGGAAGAAGCGAGCUGAGAAGUUUAGAGAGGAGAGUAAAGAGCGGAUGGAGGUCAAAAUUACGGGACAUAAAUGGAUUUGA